AUAGGGUUUAGGGUUUAUGAUGCGAGCAGUGGCAAGGCUAUGGUGUGGGCAAUGCGGCAAGGGAUUAGGGUUUGUCCGGCUCGCAGCCACCGCGGCGAGCUCGCAAAGCUCGGGUAAUGUCGAUUGCUCCACGAAAUCUCCCCUCAAGAAGAAGGCGCCCGUGGCUACGAGGACGAAGAAGCCGAGCAAGAAGGUCAUAGCCGAGAUUUCCAGGAAGAACUGGCUGGAUUCCCUGACAUUACCGCUUGGUGGCGAGGGGGAUGUCGAUGCCGAGUGUGACGCAGAGGUUUUGGCGAUCUCGGCGUCAUCGGCCCCCAGCGCGGCAGUGGAUAAUGCGUUUGUGAUUGGCAUCGACCCGGAUUUCAAAGGCGCAUUGGCUGUUCUACGCUUGGAAGAUGAUCGAUUCAUACCCGAGGUGUUUGAUGUUCCAACGCUCAAAGUCGCCAUUGGAGGAACUAUGCGGCUUCGUCCAGACGCCAAAGCCAUUGUCAACCUCUUGAAGACGAUCAACGCUCCUCACGGCUCGGUGGCUUACGUCGAGAAUUCGUUGCCACAUAGCACGGAUGGAAAACAGUCAUGGUGGAGUUCCGGCUUUGGCUUUGGAAUGUGGACCGGUACUUUACUUGCGUCUGGCAUCUCUGUGGUGCCCGUGUCUCCCAGAGCCUGGAAAACUGCCAUGGGCCUCUCCUCCAGCAAGGACGAGAGCCGCCUAGUUGCGUCGAGCUGUUUCCCAUCCAUCGCCUCACAACUCACGAGGAAAAAAGACCAUGGCCGAGCCGAGGCGCUUUUGCUUGCAGCGUUUGGAAGGGGCCUGACACCGCAAUCCGAGUGGGGGCAAACAGUGGCAAAGUCAGUCUAGAACACUCGCAACAGGACACACGACUCGCACACGCACGCAAACACUGGUUGGUUUGACAAAGACGCCUGUUCCGGAAAACAAAUGCCUCGCACAGCUCCUCCGGGGCCAGCCAAGAAAAGUAUAAACUAAAACGCUUCUCGCACUGGUCACCACUAUUGUACUUUCAGGUGACGCAUUCGCCAUCGCCAUAGCAGUGGAUCGAAGAGCAUCGCUGGCUGGAUUCCUGCUUUGAUCCCCGGCGAUUGAGAAGCAAAUCGCGACGAGAGAGAACUGGGGACCGAGACAACGAACUUGUUCGAAGCUUCCAGUCCCGGCAAGCAAGUGUCUCUUACUUAUCUCUCACUCAUCGCUUUCAUUGUUUAAGCGCUUCCAGACAAAGGCGACGACCACGACCAUGACUAGCUAUUCCAUCGAUUGGUCCAUCGCCCCGCCGCUCUCGAGAUUUUUUGGAGCUAGAUUGGACUGGUGACUGAUCGAUCUUAAAAAGUAAAACCCAUAACCACGAUUCCAUGGUCUUGGUUUAAAUUUCAGCCGUUGGAUCGCGUCCAAAUGGGGCUACAAUGGCCGUUGGAUGUGGAGCGGCGAUGGAUUGAAUGGUGGGUGUAGUGGAGAAUUAGGGCAGCCGCGAAGGAUCAAGGCAGCGCAAUUGGCGACAAUGCGGCCAGGGAUUCCGUGGUAAUGAUUCGCUUUUGGACAACAAAGUGGUGUAUGACCAGAUCGAUUGUCU